GAUCUGCGCUCGCCUCACUCCAAAGCCCAUCGCACCUUCCGCACUGUCCACUCCCGUCGCAAUGGCCCACCACCAGCAGGACUACUCCGACUUCAAGUUCGCUACCCGCGCGAUUCACGCCGGCCAGGAGCCCGACCCCGUUACCGGCGCCGUCAUUCCUCCGAUCUCGCUCUCCACCACCUUUGCCCAGGAGGCCGCGGGUGUCCACAAGGGCUACGACUAUUCCCGUGCUGGCAACCCCACCCGCACGGCUUUCGAGACCGCCGUUGCUGCUCUUGAGAACGGCAAGCACUGUCUGGCUUAUGCUUCGGGAUCCGUCACUACCGCCAACGUCACGGGUCUGCUCGCCUCCGGCGAUCAUGUCGUUAGCGUCAACGAUGUCUAUGGCGGCACCUUCCGGUACUUCACCAAGGUCGCCAGCAACAACGGCAUCGACGUCACCUUUGUGGACCUUUACAACCCCGAAAAUCUCCGAUCGGCCAUCAAGCCCAACACCAAGAUGAUCUGGGUCGAGUCUCCCACCAACCCCACCCUGCGUUUGGUUGACAUCAAGGCUGUCGCCGAGAUUGCCCACUCCUAUCCCAACGUCUUCCUUGUUGUCGACAACACUUUCAUGAGCCCUUUCUUCCAGAAUCCUCUUGAACUCGGUGCCGACGUUGUUGUUCACUCUGUUACCAAGUACAUCAAUGGCCAUUCCGACUGCGUCAUGGGCGUCGCCAUCACCAACAGGGAGGAUCUUUACGCUCGCCUCCGAUUCCUUCAAAACUCGAUCGGCGGUGUCCCAAGCGUGUUUGACUGCUUCCUUGCCAACCGUGGUUUGAAGACCCUUCACCUCCGCAUGAAGCAGCACGAGGCGAACGCCAUCAGAAUCGCGCACUUCCUGGAGGCCUCGCCACUGGUCUCCGAAGUCAUCUAUCCAGGCCUUCCUUCGCACAAGCAGCACGAGCUCGCCAAGCGCCAGCAAAAGGGCUUUGGCGGCAUGCUCUCGUUCCGCCUCAAGAACGGCAACCUCGAGACUUCAAACAAGUUCCUCUCGGCCCUCAACCUCUUUGCCCUUGCCGAGUCCCUGGGCGGUGUCGAGAGUCUUGCCGAGCUGCCGGCGGUCAUGACCCACGCCUCGCUCACUCCUGAGGCCCGUGCAGCCCUCGGGGUGACUGAUAGUCUGAUUAGAAUGUCGGUUGGGAUUGAGGAUGGCGACGAUCUGGUUGCCGAUAUCAAGCAGGCUCUCGAGAAGGCCGUUCAGCUCUAAAAUCCAUCCUUUGCUUGGCGAUACCGCCGGUCCAACUCCCCCCCUCCGUGAAUCUACAAUAGAUAAGACCGUUUUCAGCCA